CAAAAACAAAAACAAAGCUCUAGCCUCUAGGUCUACGCGUGAGGAUCUCUAAUAAGUUCCUUUUCUUAUAUUAUUCAUCAUCGUGAUCGAGAAUCCUAAGCGUCUACGCCUAAAUACCUUCGUCAGCUUCACGCGCCUCCUUCCCCUCCGGUCUGCCACCAGUCUUUCAUUGGAACUUCCUCACCGUGCACCGCUUUUUGCUUAAACCAGAUUUGAUGUCAGAUCUAUCAUUUGCUAUAGCAGCCUGCCACGGUCUGACAUUGGUCGUGGGCAGAUGGCGGAAGAUCAAGGCUCUAGGGGGCAAGGGUUGGAUUCGGAUCUCUUGCAAUUUUCUGUCAACGAGAGGAGAGGAUAAUAGCACGGGUUGUGAGAGGAGAUCUCCUGUCGAGCAGGAGUGUGGACUCCCUGGCUUUCACUCUCAAAUAAUAGAGAUCCACAAUUAUAGGAGAUCCCGACCCCUAAACUAUAAGGGGAUGACGCAAAAUCUAGAGACAAGGCAGCAAGAUAGACAGAAGGAGAUGGAGAGCUUAUGGGAUGAUAAAGGAUGAACUCUAGGAGUGAAUACUGAUUUCGUCUGGAUGCAGCACAAACGGUGGCACUGACCCGGUAUCCUUCCACUACCAGGAGCGGGAAGUACUCGCUGCUCUGUGAAACCAGCCUCACGCAUAGCCCUCCACACCCUUCCACUCUAGGAACCACGUGACCCAGAGCUUCGCCCAAGCCAUGGGGAUCAACUCUCAGCUUGGAAUGGGCGGGCCAGUAAGUAGCCACUAAGAAUCGACCAGUUGGGCUUGGACAGAGUCUCAUCACAUUAGUGCCUCUAUUCUUUUUCCUAGAUAUAAGACCGUUAAAGGGAAUUGUUAUAACUCUGAUUCAAUGGAACACCAACUACAAUUGAAAAACUAAUUUAAGGGAAGACACAAAAGCUCAAGAGAAGGAUGAACUAUGAUUAUGGGCCUCCAGGAUGAACCAUAGGGCUGUCAAUGCAGGACCCGUAAAGAUGAAUUGGUCCUUGACCUAGCUCCCAACAGCCCCAGCUGCCCGUCACUUCUUCUUCCUCAACUGCAGCCAUCACUUCAUCAUCCUAUGCUAAAGCUCAAGAGAAGGCAAAAAAGAAAAGAAAAAGAAAAGACCCAAGGGUACUGCAAGGUGCAGGAUACAAAUUCUCUUACUUAAGAGAAUGGCAAAUGGGAAGGGCAUCCUGGUAUAUAGCUAGACAUUUUCCUUGGCCUUCAACUAUACUCCACCAUUAAUUACGUUUGUUGUACUAUGUAGCUCAAAGAAUUUCUAAAUUCAUGCAUAUCCAAAUUCCUAUGCGUGAGAAGUAUCAUUGGCAAAUCUAAAGUUACCACGAAGAAGGGAAAAACAUAUGGUAAAUAUCUUGAAAACAUUAAUUUAAGCUUAAUUAGAUAUCUUGUAAUAAUAUUGGUUUAAUCUUAAUCAGAUAUAUGUUAUUUUGUAAUAAAUGCAGGACCUGUGAGGGGACAACUAUCAAAUUGGGAUAGACCUCGUCGUGGAGCCUUUAGCGAGGCAUCCGAGGUGAUGGCAACACCACGACGAGGUCUAUCCCAAUUUGAUAGUUGUCCCCUCACAGGUCCUGCAUUUAUUACAAAAUAACAUAUAUCUGAUUAAGAUUAAACCAAUAUUAUUACAAGAUAUCUAAUUAAGCUUAAAUUAAUGUUUUUAAGAUAUUUACCAUAUGUUUUUCCCUUCUUCGUGGUAGCUUUAGAUUUGCCAAUGAUACUUCUCACGCAUAGGAAUUUGGAUAUGCAUGAAUUUAGAAAUUCUUUGAGCUACAUAGUACAACAAACGUAAUUAAUGGUGGAGUAUAGUUGAAGGCCAAGGAAAAUGUCUAGCUAUAUACCAGGAUGCCCUUCCCGUUUGCCAUUCUCUUAAGUAAGAGAAUUUGUAUCCUGCACCUGAUGCCUCGCUAAAGGCUCCAGGAGGUUGUGUAGGAUUAGGAGUACGUGUGCGGGAUGAAAAUGGCAUGCCUAUUUCUUGCCAAUUAAGCUGGAAUUUUCAGAGAGGUGAUGUGGUGAGGAUGGAGAUGCUGGGAAUUCUAAAUGGACUCCUUAUCGCUAAGCCAUGUUAUAAGGAUGUUUUGGUGCAAACAGACUGUGGAGAUGCUAAAGAUCUGCUAACUACAAAGUAGCACUCGAGCACGUGCAAUGCCUGAAGUAGUCCAUUCUAAGCGUUUGCUUGCAAGGGGAAAUUGUCGUCCUGCUUUCAUUUUUCGCCACAUGAACAUGCCCGCUGACUUUUUGGCGAGGUAUGCUAGAUGUUUGAAAGAACACGGCUAGUAUGAAGAAACUGAAGAGAUAUACAUAAAUAAAAGCGGGUUGCAAGUGGUUAAGAAGAUUAGUUCUGACAGCAUCUAUUUUGAAAAUUGUAUUCCUUCUGAGAGGUUCUUGAAUAUGAAGCUGGAAUCCAUUAUUACACUACCAUGCCAGAUGGAUUGAAAUCAAUUAUUGAGGUUGAAGUGGUGAGGACAUUGAGAGACACCUUAAUAUUAUGCUGGACACAUGAUUUGACAAAGUGCAUAAGCAUGGGUGCACUGAAAUGCUUUUUCAUAGAAUUGCGAAGAGAUGAUGUGUUAGUGGAACAACUCGAAGUUAGAGUUAAAUACAACAAUUAUCGUGAAGAACUCUCUGAUUUUAGAUUCAAUAGACUGUUAUAUAACUUGGAAGUGCUCGGUCAGCUGCCUGACACUCCUGAUAAGGUUACAGCAACAUUACUCAUUCGAUUCUACGAGAUGUCUGCGCAAAAGGAGUUGGAGAUUCAAGAUAUAAGAACGAAUCUUGCACAAGGCUAUAUUUAUCCAAGUUAUCGGGAAGGCAAGAAGAAAUAUUUGGAAUAUAAAGAAGCCCUAAAGAAAGUUGAUGAUAUGGAUCUGGGCAAGUUCUUCGAAGUUGAGGAUGGCGCUUAUUUGGUUGAAGGAGAUGUCGUCCAUCAAGAGGUCGAAUGAAAGUCGAAGGGAAUUGUCCAUCUUUGGCGGAAUGCAUGCAACUAAAAGUCUUAAUUUUUGUAUUUAGUUUAUUAGCUUAGACAAUCUUAAUAACACUUUUAACCAAACCAUUAGUGGCUUUUGUGCUCAACUGAUAUCGAGGUAGGUCUGCCAUAUUGCUUAAUUAAUGCUUACCCAUGCUACAGAAAAUAUAGUACUGUUAAUUUUUAGUUCUUAAAGACAUUUUCCUUUUACCCUUUGUAACCCUUCCCCAGUAUCAAUUAAAAAGAAAAAAUGGACUUCUGCGUGA